AUGACAACGCUGCAAACGGAUGAUCUGAGGCAUCAUAUCCUGUCCCAGUCAGUGCAUGCUUUUCGACGCAUCACAAGAGCCACGUUCAGCAGGGUGAGAUGUGAGAGGCAGCGUCAUGUUCAGUUUGAGUGGAUGUAUAAAGCUGAGCUGCAGGCCCAGGCGGCUGUUUUCCGGGAACGACUCUCCAGCUACUGGCGGGACGUGGCGCAGCUGCUCUCACUCGGUGCGACGCACGCCCCACAGCUGUUGGUUCCCCUCGCAUUCGAACGUAUGGGUAACAACGCAGGUGAUCAGCAACUCCACGGUUGGAUUAAGGACAUGAAACGUGUGAAAGACAUGCUGCGCACGAAAUUAACCGGAUGGGUACAUGACAUGCAAUUAGCCAGCAAACAGGUGGAGCACUACGAGGUGGAAGAAGACAAGGACAGGCCAGGGCACUUGAUACUCAGGCGGCCGCUGUUGAGUGAACGCCUGCUGCGCUAUCAGCCGUGGAGCCUCUCCUCUGACGACGACUUCAGUGCGCUGUGCAAGGAGCGGCAGCCAGAGGCGUCGCAAAUGUUCAGCCUCGCUGACGAACUGUACGCCCUCCAUCGUGUCUACUGGUCCACUACAGCUGAGUACAUCGAUUCAUUAUACGAAGAUGAUUUCAAGAUUGUAGACGAGGAGUGGCAGCUGGAGGACAGAAGCCACGAUACGCUCUCCGUGGACACUGACUGCGUGCAGCUGUUGGUGAACGUCCUGGACCACCCCACGUGUCCGCUGGAAGACCUGCCACUGGAAGCCGUCAAGCAGCGCGAGCAGUGCCGCGAGCAGCUGUGGGACGACGUGGUGCAGAGGUCGCCCCACAUACCCGUCACCAGCUACCUGGCCUACACGCAGAGGAUAAACGUCAACCUCUGUCUGCUGGCCUGGAUGGCGGUCAACUCGUACGGCAUUUGUCAGGACGUCCCGUUUAGUAUGCUACAGUCCGUGCACGAUGCUCGCUGCUAUUUCGAUAGUCCUGACGAUCAAUCAUGUCUGCAGUCGAACGCUACAGACGCCAUCUGCUCUGUUUCCAGAGCUAUUCUGUUGCUAAAGUGUCGCGACUUUUCCUCCAUCAGGACUUCCCAUAAUUGUACGAUCAUUAUUUCCGCAGUUGGAUUAUUCCAUAGUCGUAGCAGUGCACUGUAUCAAAAGCUAACAGAAGAAACACUGAACUACAAAAACGGUUUAAACGACGCCACCUUGAAAUACAAGGAGUUUAAAAUCGACAGCUUGAAGCCUUUAGAAAUCUCAUUUAUACUAGUAAAUAUCAUUUUCCGUUUUUCGACUGCCGGAGUAUACAUGUACCUUCCCCAGUUACGUAACUUGCCUGGAAAGAUAUUCUUGUCCUUUCAGAUCACGUGCAUAACCCAGAUCCUGUGUUCUGAGGUCUUGUAUCGUAUGGCAGGCGUCCCUGACUUACCUACAGCAGUGCUGAUAGACAGCGCCCUCACACUUCUCAGCUGUAUCUGGCUGAACUCAUUCUGCUACCAGAUGUAUUCUUGUGUUCGCCAUCUCAGGCUUCCUGACCAGCUACUACCUGCUGAAGUAACCCAGUUAUUCCGUCGUGAGGUGCUGAGUGUAGUACUACGUGGAGUGAUUUUCGUGAAUUGUGAAACUACAGGCAUCAUCGCGCACUUAGCAGGUGUCCGCAGUGUUAACCGCGAUUUUCGUACUGGACGCAGUGGAACCAGAGGCCGCAGCGCCGCGAGGGAGGCAGGUGCCGGGUGCAGCCCGCCUGGCCGCAGGGGGCCGCCGGCAGCUCAACACAUUCUGUAA